AUGUCCAUCUCUCCUAGAUACGCUCUUUCCCAUACUCUCGGCCCAAACACUGCCCAUAAGAUCGAGGUCUACCUCGACUAUGUCUGCCCCUACUCGGCUAAAGCCUGGCGCCGUCUGCGGUCUGAAAUCAUCCCUGCUUUGGACGCCAAGUUCCCUGGCAAGGUGCAAUUCAUCUUCCGUCACCAAAUCCAGCCAUGGCAUCCUCAGUCUACCCUUGUCCACGAGGCCGGUCUUGCAGUGUCGGUUCUCUCUCCUGAAAAGUUUUUCGAGUUCAACGAUGUGCUUUUUGAGAGAUCUCCUGAAUACUACGACGAGGCUCUUUACAAUGAAACUCGCCCGGAAACUUAUAAGCGUCUGGCCAAGCUUGCCAAUGAAAGUGUCAACGUCUCCGUCGAAGAAUUCCUCAAACUCGUCGAGGUCCCCCCACUUCCUGCUGGUGCUGAAAAGGCUCUCAACAAGGGCAAUGCUCUUGCUGUUGAUCUCAAGUACUUCAUCAAGCAAGCUCGCCAAAACUCUAUUCAUGUCAGCCCUACUUUUGUCAUUGAUGGCAUUACCGAGCCUGGUCUUGAGUCUGGCACCGCUCUCGAUGUUUGGUACGAGAAGAUUGCUGCUCUUAGAGAUUAG